AUGGCGUUCUUCCGCCAGACAUGGACGCUCGUCGAGAAGACCCUCACGGUCGUCUUCCUACGGCAUUGGCUCGGGACGCUCAUCCGCGCAUUCCUCGCGCCCAUCAUUUUCAUUUUCAUCAUCAGUUACACGAAAAACUUCUUUGUGCCCCCGAGCGCUUUCGGGAUUGGAUCUGCCUCGCCGAUCCGCAGUUUCAGCGAUGCGCUGGCGAGUUCGGCGGGCGGCAGGGAUAUCGUCGCGUUUGUGGACAAUGGGUUCUCCGGCGGCGAUAUCUCGAGGGUGAUUGAGGAGUUGUCGAGGCCGGUCACUGCACAGGGGAUGAGGGCGCCGGUUCUUGCGAGUGAGGGGGAACUGCUGCAGAUGUGUCCGAGUACGAUCCGCGGGGUGUCGCCGUGUUUUGGGGCGAUUGUGUUUCAUUCUUCGCCGACGGAGGGGGAGGGUGGGUUCUGGAAUUAUACGAUGAGGAGUGAUGGGUCGCUGGGUGGGAGGAUCUUUGUCAAUCAGGAGAAUAAUGAUGUUGACAUUUACGCUUUUCCGCUGCAGCAUGCUGUGGAUAGCGCGAUUGCUACGGUUAACGGGACGACUUUGAGGGAUGAUGUUCAGCAGUAUCCGUUCACUACCAGGAAUGAAGAGGAACGAGACCGCAACAUUACGAGGCUGUAUAUGGGCACGCUCAUCAGUAUCCUGGGUCUGGCGUACUUCAUUGGUAUCUGUGGUAUCUGCUACCAACUCACGGGACACAUGGCCGAAGAACGAGAAUUGGGCAUGUCGCAGCUCAUCGAGGCCAUGAUGCCCAACAAGCAGCGGUGGAUGCCGCAGGCCGCAAGACUUUUGUCUUUGCACAUCUCCUUCGACAUACUCUAUGCUCCGAGCUGGAUCGUCAUGGGAGCUAUAGUAGGCGCCCUGAACUACCCGACUUCGAGCAUUGGGAUCCUGAUCGGGUACUUCAUCUUGAGCGGUCUGGCGUUGUCCUCGUGGUCUAUUGCGUUCGCGGCGCUGUUCAGGAAGGCACAACUCUCGGGCAUAACAGUCACGAUGACUGCUGUCAUCCUGGCCAUCAUCAUCCAGGUCAUCCCGCCGCCGUCCACUGGAGGCGCCAUCAUUGCCAGUCUGCUCAUGCCUUCGAUGAACUUCACCCUCUACAUCAUCUACAACGCCUACUGGGAGAGGGAUAACCUCGCGGCAGACCUGAGGUACGCGGCUCCAGAUGCGCCCUGGAGAGUUCCGGGCUAUGUUCUUUUCCUGUUCUGUGCGAUCCAGUUCCUGGUCUACCCUUUCAUCGGUGCGCUGCUCGAGCAUUUACUGUACGGAACAGCCUCUAAAUCCAGAGAGUUGAGAUAUACUGAGAGCGAGGAGCCCGAGACGCUCAAGAUUACGGGACUGACAAAGCACUAUCCGCCUGGAUGGUUCGUCAGAAAUGUCAUCGCGCGGUUCCCCAAGAAACCGCUGAAUGUUGUUCGAGCCGUUGACAGCAUCGAUCUGUCGGUUCUGAAGGGUCAGAUCAUGGUCUUGCUUGGAGCCAACGGAAGCGGGAAGAGCACGACGUUGGAUAUGCUUGCUGGUCUGCAGAAGCCUACGAGUGGUACGAUUGAGAUGGAUGGGACCGGAGGUAUCGGUCUGUGUCCGCAAAAAAACGUGCUUUGGGAUGAGCUUACGGUCUUUGAGCAUGUGCGGAUAUUCAAUAAACUCAAGUCGGACAAGAUGGACACCAAGGCUGAGAUCGAGGCGCUGGUUCUUGCUUGCGAUCUUGAGCAGAAGAUACAUGCUCGGUCUGAGACCUUGUCAGGAGGUCAGAAGCGAAAGUGUCAGUUGGCGAUGAUGUUGACUGGCGGCUCCAGCCUCUGCAUGCUUGACGAGGUCAGCUCUGGUCUGGAUCCACUGAGUCGACGCAAGAUCUGGGAUAUCCUCCUCGCUGAACGAGGCAAGAGGUCUAUGGUCUUGACCACCCAUUUCCUGGACGAAGCCGACCUCCUCUCGGACGACAUCUCCAUCUUAUCUAAGGGCAAGAUGGUGGCUCAUGGUUCGGCUGUCGAGUUGAAGCACAACCUGGGUGGUGGCUACCGUGUUCGAAUCUACCAUGCGAAUGAGAAGGCCUUGCCUGAGAAGUUGGAGGCAACGUCUAAGCAGGUCUACCAUGAUCAGACUGUCUACUUUCUGGCGGACUCUGAGGCGGCGGCUCAAUUCAUCUCUGAGCUUGAAAGGCAUGGCGUGCGGGACUACCAGGUCAACGGCCCACAGAUCGAAGAUUGCUUCUUGAAGUUGGCAGAGGAGGUGAAGGAGGAACUUGAUAAGGAUCGUGCACCUAGUCCGACACCUUCGACUGGAGAUGCAGUGGAUGGCAACCAUGAAGGCGACAAAGGCUUGCGACUACUGCCUGGCCAGCCUCUUUCGUUCUUCGGCCAGACUUGGGUUCUCUUCCGGAAGCGAGCGGUCAUUCUUCGUCGAAACGCGUGGCCAUACCUGGCGGCACUCAUCAUUCCGAUCAUCACUGCUGCUCUUGUAACGCUCUUCAUCCAGAGCUUCGAGCCCCUAUCCUGUGACCCAUCAGCACUGUACGCCGACCCCGAGGCCGACUCAUUCGAGACCUGGCUGGCAUACCAGGCUCUGAUUCCCACUGGGCCUACUGGCCAAUUCCCGACAGAUGCCCUUCGGCAGUUGUAUCCUGCUCUGGGUAUUAACAACACCCUGGACAACGAGCAACCGACUCUGCAAGCUUUCAACCAAUUCGUGGCCGCAAGAUAUCACAACGUCACUCCCGGAGGAGUGUUCCUUGGAGACACGCCUACGAUCGCCUACCGCGGUGACUAUGGGAUGCAAUACGCCAUUUCAAUGCAGAACUUGAUGGACAACGCUCUCCUCGGCUUCCCCAUCGUCACGGCCUUCCAGGCAUUCGCGAGAGAGUGGGCGCCGGAUGCGGGACAGACUUUGCAGUUCAUCCUGUACUUUGGACUGGCUAUGAGCGUGUUUCCAGGGUUCUUUUCGCUGUACACGAAUGUCGAACGGCUGAGGAAUGUGCGAGCGCUGCAUUACAGCAAUGGCGUCCGAGCUGGGCCGCUCUGGCUUGCGUACACUUGCUUCGAUUUCAUGAUCGUUUUGCUGGUCAGCGCUGUGGCUAUCAUCAUCUUCACGGCCUCUUCGGGUGUGUUCUAUGGACCUGGAUACCUCUUCCUGGUCUUCGCGCUCUUCGGCCUCUCAGCGACGUUGAUGUCGUACGUCGUCUCGCUAUUCACCACCAGCCAACUCGCCACUUUCGCAUUCGCCGCCGGAGGACAGUGCAUCUUCUUCCUCUUGUAUUUCAUCGCCUUCAUGGCCAUCAUCACCUACGCUCCGCCAGCGAACAUCGACAGCUACAUCUCAACAGCGAAUUGGACCAUUGCAUUCUUCUUCCCGGCUGGAAACUUGCUUCGUGCGUUGCUUUUGUCUUUCAACGAGUUCUCAUUGCUCUGCAGAGGAGACCAACUUGCGAGCUAUCCCGGUGCCAUCGAUGUCUACGGCGGACCGAUCCUGUACCUGAUCAUUCAAUCUGUCAUUUUCAUGACUGUCCUGAUCGCUUUCGACAGUGGAUGGAGACCUAGUUUCCUUGCUAGGUCGAGACAUCGAUCGCCAGAUCACGAAGAGAUUGAUGAUGUGGACAACGAGGUCUUCAGCGAAGCCAUCCGCAUCGAAGACUCCAAGGACGAGCUCAGAGUCAAUCAUGUCACCAAGGCUUUUGGACCUAACGUUGCCGUGCAAGAUGUGUCGUUUGGUGUGCCUCAUGGCGAUACAUUCGCUCUUCUUGGGCCCAAUGGAGCUGGCAAGUCUACGACCAUCGGGCUGAUUCGUGGCGAUAUGCGCCCGAGUUCGAGGGAAAGCGAUAUUCUGAUUGAGGAUAUCUCGAUCAUUGAUCAUCGGGCGGCGGCGAGGUCUCAUCUUGGAGUGUGUCCUCAGUUUGAUGCCAUGGAUCAGAUGACUGCCAUUGAGCAUCUCAGGUUCUAUGCUCGGGCUCGAGGUGUCAAGGAUGUGGAGUACAAUGUUGAUCAGGUUAUUCAUGCUGUUGGGCUGGCGCAAUUCAAGGACAGACUUGCGGGAAAACUGUCUGGUGGUAACAAGCGGAAGCUGAGUCUGGGCAUCGCACUGAUGGGCAACCCAUCUGUGCUCCUUCUCGACGAACCAAGUUCCGGAAUGGACGCAGCAUCGAAACGAGUCAUGUGGCGAACUCUGCGAGCCGUCUCCGAAGGCAGAUCGCUCGUCCUAACAACGCACUCCAUGGAAGAAGCCGACGCGCUCGCCGACCGCGCCGGCAUCAUGGCCAAACACAUGCUCGCCCUCGGCACCAGCGACGAACUGCGAAAGAAACACGGCGACGCCCACCACGUGCACCUCGUCCACAAGGACGCCCCCUACAGCACCGACGACGACAUGAACGACAUCAAAUUCUUCAUCCGCAACACCUUCCCCGGCGCCACGGUGGAAGAACGCACCUUCCACGGCCAGCUGCGCUUCAGCGUGCCCAACGACCGCACCGCGCAUCGAGACACGCUGCCCCCGAAUAAAGAAGAGAUUAUCCUCGAGGACGAGAAGAAAACCGCUCUCACGUCCUCAACCACCACUUCCGACAACAGCUCACCCUCAUCCCACAGCAUCUCCGCCCUCUUCUCCCAACUCGAGCGCAACAAGGAGAAAUUGGGUUUCGAGUAUUACUCCGUCAGCCAGGCGACGCUGGAUCAGGUCUUUCUGAGUAUCGUGACGAAACAUAAUGUUUUGGAGGAGAAUUAUGCCCGGGAGCAUCGGCGCCAGGCGGGGGCUUGGGAGAAGUUUCGGGAGGGGUUGAUGAGGGUUUAUCAUAAUGCGUAG